UGUCAAACUAGUAUAUGACUAUGUACACUGUUGAGUCCAUUUUUCCUAUGGGAACAUAGUACAAUGUUCGUGUGUCGUGUCGUCGUGUGACGUUCACGAUAGAUCUAUGUGUUUGAUGGCUUCUUUCUCGACAAUUGACCGGGAGGCUGCUGUCACGUGGUUACGAGACAACAACAAUAAUAGGCUUCCUUCGUUUAUCGAGCUAAAAUUUACUCAUGACACCUUCGAUUUUCUCAAAUGCUUAGAAAUUAGGUCAAGAUUUUGAAUAAAUACUGAAUUACGUUGGGUGUUCGGUGUCUGAACGCACGUGUGUUUUUCAUUUUGUUUACACGGUAGCCAAGCAAUUGCGUAUAUUAUCUAAUUUAUAGGUUAUGUUUCGCGGGCUCCAAGACGAGGAGUGAUUUUGUGCAACAACUUUGGGGAUCAGUGGUCACUAAAACAUGUCGAGUUUGGAAUUUGACCAACUUCCUGGAGACAUAAGUUUGAACGAGUCGUCUGUGAGUUCAGGGGCAGACAAGUCUCAGGAAUCAUUGGAGGAGCCUGAAAGUGUUCAACAUGCUGAUCAAGAGCAACGAGAGAAGCUUGUCAAGCUUCCCGUAGGUAGAAUACGAAAUAUUGUAAAAAUGGAUCCUGAUGUGAAUAUUGUUACCGGAGAAGCCAUUUUUGCCAUUACAAAAUCUGUGGAGCUCUUUAUCGAUUCGUUGGCCAAGGAAGCAUACAAAUAUACAGCGCAAAGUAAAAAAAAAACUGUUCAGAAAAAGGAUGUGGAAAGUGCGAUAGAUAACGUUGAUGCUCUCGUUUUUCUCGAAGGAAUGUUGGAUUCUAUGUAAUAAUUUUCUGUCAUGUGGACUCCUUAAAAUAAAUAUUUUUACUAUAUUCACAAA